ACCACGCCAUUUGCCAUGCUUGAGUGCUUCAAUUCUUUUUAGAGAGAGAGAGAUGUAUUAAGUGGUAUUCCAACGUCGAAAGCAGAGACACAAAGGUUGUUCUGUUUUUUCUCUUCUCUAACUUUGUCUACAUAUAUAAAACGAAGUACAUGUGAUUCUGCUGCAUCACCAUCACCUCUUCUCUCUCUCUCUCUCUCUCUCUCUCUCUCUCUCUCUCUCUCUCAUCAUGUAAGAAACUGGAAAACCUACAACAAGCUCAGCUACCUUGCGCCGCUGCCUCCGAUAAUAUUAUUCCACCAACUUCUUCUCUUCUCUACUUUCAAAUUCCAAUUAUAUUAAGGAAGAGCGAGAAGUUGGUUUAAUGGCUAGAGUUUGUUGGCCAUAUUUUGAUCCUGAGUAUGAGAACUUCAGCAACAGAAUGAAUCCUCCAAGGGUCUCUGUGGACAACACUAGUUGCCAUGAUUGUACUCUUAUCAAGGUUGAUAGUGUUAACAAACCUGGAAUUCUGUUGGAAGUGGUGCAAAUCUUGACAGAUCUUGACUUCAUAAUUACCAAAGCCUACAUAUCUUCUGAUGGAGGAUGGUUUAUGGAUGUAUUUCAUGUGACGGAUCAACAAGGAAAGAAGAUAACAGAUAGCAAAACCAUUGACUUUGUGGAAAAGGCUCUAGGACCAAAGGGCCAGAGCACAGAAGGGGUGAAGAAUUGGCCAAGCAAGCGUGUUGGAGUGCAUUCUGUUGGUGAUCAUACAUCGAUUGAGCUUAUUGGCAGAGACCGGCCAGGUCUCUUGUCCGAGAUCUCUGCUGUCCUUGCUAGCCUCCAUUUCAAUGUGGUUGCAGCUGAGGUUUGGACUCAUAAUAGAAGAAUAGCUUGUGUCCUUUAUGUCAGUGACACUACAACCCAGCCUGUGGAUCAUCCAAAUAGAUUAUGCCUUAUGGAGGAGCAGCUUAACAACAUUUUGCGCGGCUGUGAGGAGGGUGACAAAGUUGCUAGGACUAACUUCUCCAUGGGGUUCACCCAUAUGGAUAGAAGGCUGCACCAAAUGUUGUUCGCUGAUCGCGAUUAUGAAGGGUCUGGAGCAACAACAGAUGCUGAUUAUUCAUCUUCCUCAAGGCCAAAGAUCACAAUCGAACGCUGCGAGGAAAAAGGAUACUCGGUGGUUAGUGUCCGGUGCAAAGAUCGGGCAAAACUCAUGUUUGACAUUGUUUGCACUCUUACUGAUAUGCAAUAUGUUGUUUUCCAUGCCACAAUCUCUUCAGAUGCUCCUUAUGCAUCCCAGGAGUAUUUUAUUCGGCAUAUGGAUGGAUGCACACUUGAUACUGAAGGAGAAAAAGAAAGAGUCAUCAAAUGCAUUGAAGCUGCUAUUCAGAGAAGAGUGAGUGAGGGUGUGAGCCUUGAACUUUGUGCAAAGGAUAGAGUGGGAUUGCUGUCUGAAGUAACAAGGAUUCUAAGAGAGAAUGGAUUAACAGUUUGUAGGGCAGGUAUAUCAACAAGAGGGGAGCAAGCACUGAAUGUGUUCUAUGUGAGGGACGCAUCUGGCAACCCGGUGGACAUGAAGACGAUGGAAGCGCUUCGCAAAGAGAUAGGGAAGACAAUGGUGGUGGAAGUGAAAAGGGUACCUGGAAAUUCCUCCAUAGCACCAGCUGAAACCAGAGGAUGGGCUAAAACAAGCUUCUUCUUUGGUAACUUGUUUGAAAAGUUCUUGGCUUGAAGAAGAAGAAAAUCAUAUAUAUGCAUCAGGCUUGGUUUGUUAGUGAAAGACACAUCAUAAUGUAUAGAAGAAUAAAGUUAUUUGUGUGUCAAACAUGCCAAGUACUUGUACUUUGGGGCCUUUGGUAUCAUGACAAUGACAAAGACAUUGUAUCUUCUGUAGUUCUGUCUAUAACUAAACUAACUAGUUGUAAUUUUAUGUUGCCCUUUUAAUGAAUUCGGAGUCUUUGUUAGUUA